UCACUUGCUUGAAACCGGCUCUUCGGCCGCCGCCUGCCAGGCCUUUUAGGGCCCUAUCCCCACCUUUCCUGGCCUCCAGUCUCGGGCGGCGGCAGGCAUCGCCUUCGGCCCCGCAAGGGUGCCCCCGCGGCCACCCCGCGGCAGGCGUAUCUUGUGUGCCCCCGGGUCAGGCCCCGAACCCGGUGUCCCCGGGUGGGGGGUGGGGACGCCACGGCCGAAGCAGCUAGCUCCAUUUGUGAUCCGGGAGCCUGGUGCCAGCGAGACCUGGAAUUUCCGGUCUGGUUGGUCUUGGGCCCCGCGGAGCCAGGUUGAUACCCCUCACCUCCCAACCCCAGGCCCUCGGAUGCCCAGAACCUGUAGGCCGCACCGUGGACUUAUUCUUAAUCGAGGGGGUGUUGGGGGGACCCUGAUGUGGCACCAAAUGAAAUGAACAAAGCUCCACAGCCCACAGGCCCCCCGCCAGCCCCGUCCCCUGGACUCCCACAGCCAGCGUUUCCCCCGGGGCAGACAGCACCGGUGGUGUUCAGUACGCCACAAGCGACACAAAUGAACACGCCUUCUCAGCCCCGCCAGCACUUCUAUCCUAGCCGGGCCCAGCCCCCGAGCAGUGCAACCUCCCGAGUGCAGAGUGCAGCCCCCGCCCGCCCUGGCCCAGCUGCCCAUGUCUACCCUGCUGGAUCCCAAGUAAUGAUGAUCCCUUCCCAGAUCUCCUACCCACCCUCCCAGGGGGCCUACUACAUCCCUGGACAGGGGCGUUCCACAUAUGUUGUCCCACCACAGCAGUACCCCGUGCAGCCAGGAGCCCCCAGCUUCUAUCCAGGUGCAAGCCCUACAGAGUUUGGGACCUACGCUGGCGCCUACUACCCAGCCCAAGGCGUGCAGCAGUUUCCCGCUGGUGUGGGCCCCACCCCAGUUUUGAUGAACCAGCCACCCCCAAUUGCACCCAAGAGAGAACGUAAGACGAUCCGAAUUCGAGAUCCAAAUCAAGGAGGGAAGGAUAUCACAGAGGAGAUCAUGUCUGGGGCCCGCACUGCCUCUACUCCCACCCCUCCCCAGACGGGAGGUGGUCUGGAGCCUCAAGCUAAUGGGGAGACACACCAGGUUGCUGUCAUUGUCCGCCCAGAUGACAGGUCACAGGGAGCAAUCAUUGGGGGUCGGCCAGGACUCCCUGGCCCAGAGCACAGCCCUUCAGAAUCCCAGCCUUCAUCACCGUCUCCAACCCCGUCACCACCUCCAAUCUUGGAACCAGGGUCUGAGCCUAAUCUUGAAGUCCUCUCUAUUCCUGGAGACACUAUGACAACGGGGAUGAUACAGAUGUCUGUAGAAGAAUCAACCCCCAUACCCCGUGAAACUGGGGAGCCAUAUUGUGUCUCACCGGAACCCACUACCCUUUCUGAACCCAUACUGGAGGUAGAAAUGACACUUAGCAAGCAAGUUCCAGCAUCUGAGUUCCCUUCCAGCUCUCUACAGGUUCUCCCCCACCUCACAUCUCUUCAUGAGCCAAAUGGCGUGCUUCCAUCUGAGGAUCCAGAACCAGAAACGGAGCUGAGCCCAGAGCGUGCUGCUCUCUCAUCUCCGGCUUGCCCUUCUGAAUCCCCUGUGCCCAUUGCUCCAACUGCCCAACCUGAGGAACUGCUCAAUGGAGCCCCCUCACCACCAGCUGUGGACAUAAGCCCAGUCAGUGAGCCAAAGGAGGAGGUCCAGGAGGCUAUUGCACCAGCGACUCCCCCCACCGCCCUCACUGCCCCUCUAGCCAUGGCGUCUUCAGCUGCUUCCCCUGUCCAGGAGGAGGAGAUGGAAGAAGAGGAGGAGGAGGAGGAAGGAGAAGUUGAUGGCGAGAAGGGAGGAGAGGAACUGCGCCCCCAAGAGAGUACCUCUGCCCCAAGCCACUUGUCCCAGAAUUUGGAGGCGGCAGCAGCAGCAGCAGCCACCCAAGUGGCAGUGUCUGUGCCAAAGAAGAGAAGGAAAAUUAAGGAGCUAAAUAAGAAGGAAGCUGUGGGAGACCUUCUAGAUGCCUUCAAGGAGGUGAACCCAGGAAUACCAGAGGUUGAAAAUCAGCCUCCUGUAGUCAAUAAUCCAGGCCCAGAGACUGAGGGCAGCAGUGUGCCCCCACGGCCUGAGGAAACAGAUGAGACUUGGGACUCAAAGGAAGACACAAUUCACAAUGCUGAGAACAUCCAGCCUGGGGAACAGAAGUAUGAAUAUAAGUCAGAUCAGUGGAAGCCUCUAAACCUUGAAGAGAAAAAACGUUAUGACCGAGAAUUCCUGCUUGGCUUUCAGUUCAUCUUUGCCAGUUUGCAGAAGCCAGAGGGCUUGCCCCAUAUCAGUGAUGUGGUGUUAGACAAGGCCAAUAAGACACCACUGCGGCCACUGGAUCCCACUAGACUACAAGGCAUAAACUGUGGCCCAGACUUCACUCCAUCCUUUGCCAACCUUGGCCGACCAGCUCUUAGCACCCGUGGGCCCCCAAGGGGUGGGCCAGGUGGGGAGCUGCCCCGAGGACCGCAGGCUAGUCUGGGACCCCGGCGCUCUCAGCAGGGCCCCCGAAAGGAACCACGUAAGAUCAUUGCCACAGUGUUAAUGUCUGAAGAUAUAAAACUGAAUAAAGCGGAGAAGGCCUGGAAACCCAGCAGCAAGCGGACGGCAGCUGAUAAAGACCGGGGGGAAGAGGAUGCGGAUGGAAGCAAAACCCAGGACCUGUUCCGCAGGGUGCGCUCCAUCUUGAAUAAGCUGACACCCCAGAUGUUCCAGCAGCUGAUGAAGCAGGUGACGCAACUGGCCAUCGACACUGAGGAACGCCUCAAAGGCGUCAUCGACCUCAUCUUCGAGAAGGCCAUUUCAGAGCCCAACUUCUCUGUGGCCUAUGCCAACAUGUGCCGCUGCCUCAUGGCGCUGAAAGUGCCCACUACAGAAAAGCCAACAGUGACUGUGAAUUUCCGAAAACUGUUGUUGAAUCGGUGUCAAAAGGAGUUUGAGAAAGACAAAGAUGAUGAUGAAGUUUUUGAAAAGAAGCAAAAGGAAAUGGAUGAAGCUGCUACGGCAGAAGAACGGGGGCGUCUGAAGGAAGAGCUGGAAGAGGCUCGAGACAUAGCCCGGCGGCGCUCUCUUGGGAAUAUCAAGUUUAUUGGGGAGUUGUUUAAGCUGAAGAUGUUAACAGAGGCGAUAAUGCAUGACUGUGUAGUCAAACUACUUAAGAACCAUGAUGAAGAAUCCCUUGAAUGCCUUUGCCGUCUGCUCACCACUAUUGGAAAAGACCUGGACUUUGAGAAAGCCAAGCCUCGAAUGGAUCAGUAUUUCAACCAGAUGGAAAAAAUCAUUAAGGAAAAGAAGACAUCAUCCCGCAUUCGCUUUAUGCUACAGGAUGUGCUGGAUCUGCGACGGAGCAAUUGGGUGCCACGCCGAGGGGACCAGGGUCCCAAGACCAUUGAUCAGAUUCAUAAGGAGGCCGAGAUGGAGGAACAUCGGGAGCAUAUCAAAGUGCAGCAGCUCAUGGCUAAGGGCAAUGACAAGCGUCGAGGUGGUCCCCCAGGCCCGCCCAUCAGUCGUGGACUUCCACUUGUGGAUGAUGGUGGCUGGAACACAGUCCCUAUCAGCAAGGGUAGUCGCCCUAUUGACACCUCACGAAUCACCAAGAUCACGAAGCCUGGCUCCAUUGAUUCUAAUAACCAGCUCUUUGCACCUGGAGGGCGACUGAGCUGGGGCAAGGGCAGCAGUGGAGGGUCAGGAGCCAAGCCCUCAGAUGGAGCAUCAGAAGUUUCUCGUCCAGCUACUAGUACCUUGAAUCGCUACUCAGCCCUCCAACAAGCAGUACCCACAGAAAGCACAGAUAACAGACGUGUGGUACAGAGGAGUAGCUUGAGUCGAGAACGAGGCGAGAAAGCUGGGGACCGGGGAGACCGCCUAGAGCGGAGUGAACGGGGAGGUGACCGUGGGGACCGACUUGAUCGUGCACGUGCUCCUGCCACGAAGCGGAGCUUCAGCAAGGAAGUGGAGGAGCGGAGUAGAGAGCGGCCCACCCAGCCUGAGGGACUGCGCAAGGCAGCUAGCCUCACAGAGGAUCGAGACCGUGGGCGGGAUGCCGUGAAGCGAGAAGCCACCUUGCCCCCAGUAAGCCCCACAAAGGCCGCACUCUCUGAGGAAGAGAUGGAGAAGAAAUCUAAGGCAAUCAUUGAGGAAUACCUCCAUCUCAAUGACAUGAAGGAGGCAGUACAAUGUGUGCAAGAGCUGGCAUCCCCCUUACUCCUCUUCAUCUUUGUGCGGCAUGGCAUCGAGUCCACGCUGGAGCGCAGCACCGUUGCUCGUGAGCACAUGGGGCAGCUGCUGCACCAACUGCUCUGUGCUGGGCACCUCUCCACUGCUCAGUACUACCAAGGGCUACAUGAAAUCUUGGAAUUAGCUGAGGACAUGGAAAUUGACAUCCCCCACGUGUGGCUCUACCUGGCGGAACUGGUAACACCCAUUCUGCAGGAAGGUGGGGUGCCCAUGGGGGAGUUGUUCAGGGAGAUUACAAGACCUCUGAGACCCCUGGGCAAGGCUGCUUCUCUGCUCUUGGAGAUCCUGGGGCUCCUGUGCAAAAGCAUGGGAUCCAAAAAGGUGGGGACACUGUGGCAAGAGGCUGGGCUCAGCUGGAAGGAAUUUCUUCCUGAAGGUCAGGACAUUGGUGCAUUCGUCACUAAACAGAAGGUGGAGUAUACUCUGGGAGAGGAGUCAGAAGCCCCUGGCCAGAGGUCUAUCCCCUCAGAGGAGCUGAGCAGGCAGCUGGAGAAACUGCUAAAGGAAGGGAGCAAUAAUGAGCGGGUGUGUGAGUGGAUAGAGGCCAACCUGAGUGAGCAGCAGCUAGCAUCCAACAUUCUAGUUCGAGCCCUCAUGACAACUGUCUGCUAUUCUGCAAUUAUCUUUGAGACUCCCUUCCGAGUGGAUGUUGCAGUGCUGAAAGCACGAGCGAAACUGCUCCAGAAGUACCUGUGUGAUGAGCAGAAGGAGCUGCAGGCACUCUACGCCCUCCAGUCCCUUAUGAUGACCUUAGAGCAGCCUGCCAACCUGCUCAGGAUGUUCUUUGAUACUCUGUACGACGAGGAUGUGGUGAAAGAGGACGCCUUCUACAGCUGGGAGAGUAGCAAGGACCCUGCUGAGCAGCUGGGCAAAGGCGUGGCCCUUAAAUCUGUCACAAACUUCUUCCAGUGGCUUCGUGAGGCUGAGGCUGAAGCUGAGGAGUCCGACCACAACUGAGGGCGGGUGGGGCCGGGGACUUGGAGCCCCAUGGACACGAGGAUGGCCCAGCCAGCUGCCUGGACUGCAAAGGGGGUGGCAGCAGUGGUGGCGGCAGUGGGUGCCUGUAGUGCGGUGUGUCUGAGCUAAUAAAGUGGCUGAAGAGGCAGGAUGGCUUGGGGCUACCUGGGGGCCCCCCCUCCAGGAUGCUGCCAGGUGCCCCUUCCUCCCCCUGGGGCACAGAGAUAUAUUAUAUAUAAAGUCUUGAAAUUUAGUGUGUCUUGGGGGAGGCACCAUCGCCUGCCCCUGGGGUCCUUUUUUAUUUUCUGAAAAUCACUCUUGGGACGGCCGUCCUCGCUGCUGGGGGCAUAUGCCCCAGCCCCCGCACCACCCCUGCUGCUGCCUGGGCAGGGAUAAGGGGGGGGCACGGUGCCUGUAAUUAUUAAACAUGAAUUCAAUUACGCUCA